AUGAAUUCUGGUAAUUUUCAAAGCUUGGGACAUUGUCUUUUUGUUUUCAUCUGUUUGUGGUCAAGUUUUACUAAUGAUCGUGUUAAUGCUGAUGGAGUUAAACCAGCCGCUGCCAAUUUAACGGCCAGCAAUUUGAGAAGUGAAAUACAGGAUAACCAAAAAGAGAUCGCAAAGAUCAAAAGUGAAUUGGAACAAUGCCGGACAGAAUUCAAUAGAAUAGUUGAAACCAUUGGUCGAGCUCAUGCUGAAGCCAUUUCACGGGAAGAUGAAGAAGACAUUGGUGAUGAGUUGAUUAAACUACGAGUCAAGCCCAGAGCAGAAUUAGUAUUAUUGGAAGCAAUCCAUCGAUUAAAGUUAUUGGAUCUCAAAAAGCAAUUGGAAAAGGAGAAAUUGCUUAAACGACGUCGAGAAAUUUUUAGCAUGCGAAGUCCAAAACCAAAAGUUAAAGUCAACAAAGAAUAUCAAGAAAAGCUGAAUGAAUGGAAAUUAUUGAAAAAUGUUUCACAAAAUGAGAUCAAUCAACUUAAAAAGGAUAAAGAAUUAUAUCUCACGAAGAGUCUGGAACCAAGCACUGAUAAAGAUAUGAAAAAAGUGAAGUUUCGUACAAAAGUUACUAAAGUGAAUACUCAUACCAAGAAAAAAGUUGCAAAAAAUGUUGAAGUGCAAACUGAAGCUAACCAUGUUGAAUCUGCAACUCAAUCCGAGACUCGGAUAAACACACUAAUAAACACAAUAAAUGUGUAAUAAAUACAAUAUGUAACGAUUCUGUGUUGUAAUUUUCUAAUGAAUUGGAAAUGAGAACUAAAGAUGACUAAUCUAAAUUUUCAACGAAAUUCAUUCUGUUUGCAUGACACUCUUGUCAAGAAUAGUAUAAUUUUUAAUCAAAGUUUCGUUGAUGUUUUUAUUUGCACUUUUCUUGAUAUCAAGAGCCCGAAAUUGAUUUUAAUUAUCUGAUUUGUCUGAAUUUCUACCAAUAUAGCCAACAUUUUGAAACUUUACUCAAAUCAUUAUUCAACAUCCUUCACAGCAAAUCUAUGAUUAAAGAUUCAGUGGAAUAGAAAAUCUAAAGACUGGUUGAUUUCAAUGAGUGGUCUGAAAUGUGAUGAUGUCAAUAGUCCGAUUAAUAUUGUUUAACUGUUAAACUCAAUAAUGUAAUUUUGAAUUAAUUUUUUUGGCAAUACGAUUCUUUUUUUUAAAAUAUUGUAAUUGAAUUUUUACUUAUUACAAUAUGUAUAUAUAGAUAAAUGAUCAUGUCAAGACGAGAACCAUGUCGCCUUCAAUGGUUAUACUUUUAAUUGAAUUAAUUCAGUUUAGAUUAAAGUAAAGCAUAAUUAAAGUUUAUCCAAAUAUUGUU